AUGUCUUCAGUUCAGUUUACAGCGCUAAUACGUCUCCCGUUCAUACGGGGUGACUUUGAAGAUCCUCCACAGGCACAAUGGGAUGCCGAGAGAGACCGCCAAUUAUGGAAGGUUAUAUCAAAGUCUUCGAAGACCAGUGACUUGAACUGGGUCGAGUUAGCCGACAAAUUUCAAGUCCCCCCAACCUUUCUUCUUCAGCAAGCAGCAUGGUUGUACGAGCGGCAUCUUGAUCACGUUCGCAAUCAGAUGAAGAAGGUCAGCAUUUCAAAUGCUGUUCCAUCAUCGUCGCCAACUGGCGGUAGCACUAUGACCGGUGUUGGUGGUGUUGCGAUGCGGAGGGGUGGUAGUGCCGGAUCUGGAGCUGGUAGGACUACAUCUGCGCUGGCUGGACGAUCAAGGGACAGUCCAAGCCUACGCAGUGCAGAGGUAACGACGCCAGCGCCUCCUCUAUCUAGGACACCAUCUACGACCACAAUUACUCAGUCUCGAACGAAUACUCAAGCGCCAGCUCGAACGCUGUCCACACGCUCUACUCAACGCCCUAACUUGACUAGUCGGAGGUCUGACGAUCGUGCACACACUCCGGCCGCACCGCCCAGCUAUCGGAAUGAUGAAACGGCCUCUCCAGACAUUCCUGACUCCUCAUCUUCGAGCUCAUCAUCGUUGUCAGAUACUGAUCAUCCAGCUCAUCGAAGUCAACUCUUCAAGCGCCCACCGCGUUUCCAGCAGAAGAAACCUCGAGAUCUCUCCACAUUCGAGGAGGGUGAUGGAACCCAGGAGAUUGAUGAUUCGGGCUCGCAUGAGCCGAGUCUGCCCUUCGCAACUGCAGCUAGACCCCAGCCCAGCAGUAGCAAGUAUGCACAAGAUACACGUUUCCGUACCACUAGCAAACCCGAACAAAAGACUCUACAAACAGAUCGCGCAAGGAAUGCUCCACCCACGAGACAGAAGUCCAUUGACGUGCAAUCACUUGCGACUAACGAGACGGCGUCAUCAAUGACUAGUUCCGGUGGACCUCAUUCAGCAGCAAAGAGCCCCAUGAGCCCAGCGUCAGAUCAUCGUGCAGCACUAGGCCGACUCGGCAGUCCACGGCGCGGAGGACUGCGAUCCAAGGUGGAAGGCAGUGAGGGCACGCCUAGUAUGGGCAGCAGCUUCAGCGACAUUGAUGAUGCGGGUAUCAGUCAAUCGGCCCUAGAGGAAGCGCUGUUGAGUAACAUGCAACAUGGGAGGAUGAGCACGCUUAGUCGCAUGUCGAAAUGGUAG